GCCAUGCCGCACGCGGCGAGUCUCCGCCGCCCGGCGCUGCUGCCGCCGCUGCUGCUACAGCUCGCGUUGUUCGGCGCUCUCGCAGUCGCAGAUACCGCAAAGGUGUCAAGCCUGGGAGACGGCCAGGAGCAGAGCCAACACGAGUUCAGUGAUCACCAAGGAAGAAAUCAACAGGAAUUUGCUUUAGAGGGAGAGCUGCUGGAACUGAAGAGCUAUGUUGCGACGAAACAGUCUCCAGUUUCAGACGGCGGUGUUCGUAGUGUAUCUAAAGAGCCACAUACUGCACCUACUUGGGGAACAAAUAAAGACGUAACGAGCUCUGAAGUUGGCUCCAAUACGGCAGGUGUUCGGAAAGCCAGCAAAACUACAAACACUGGUACUGAUGAUCAACUGAGGCCGCCUCCAGUUAACCUCCCCAUUGGAAAUUCCAGUCUGAUGGCUACUGAUAUGACGGCGAUGAAAGAUGAAACCUAUCUAAGCACAGGAGAAGCAAGGAACCGAGUGGAAUCAGAAGCUAUGAAUGGCGGAGCGUAUUCUGGUGGACUUGCAAAAGAGACGAUUCAACAGGAAUGUUUUGAACGCAACGACAAGUGCAAAACGCAGCGACGACAAGAUGGUAACACCAGAGACAACACAACCAGUUCUGCAGCCGACAAACAAAAGCGCGCGUUGUUGUCCCGUCCCAACGCCGAAGACAUUUCAGGUCCAGGAAGUGAGCCGUCGCCGAAGAGCACCGAACUGGAUGGUACUGACAGGAGCUAUGAGGUAGCGUAUGACAGCCAGGAAUUCCAGGAAACCGAUAGCGACGAAGACGGUGACAAUGACGAGGAGGCUGAGGAGGACACAGUUGACAACGAAAAACCAGAGGAUGACGAAGAAGGAGAGGAUGACGACGAUUAUGACGGAGAAAGGGAUGACACGAAUUCUGAUGGAGAACUUGAAUUUCCAAACGACGGAACUCCAGAAGAGGAUGACGCAGAAGAGCUGGCCGACAAUGCGGAGCUCAACAAGGUGGCGGAGGAUUUACUGGAACUAAUGGUCCAUAUCGCAGAGAAUCCGACGCGUUGGCAAAGGCUGGCAUCAAAUCUGAAACAGGACGGUGAUCAGAAUGAUGGUUAUCGCUCGCUGACUAAACGCAGGAGUUUGGAAAGGCUGAAACACAGACAUCAGCAGAGGGAAUUCGACUGGAGUAAGCUGAACGAGUACAGGGAGACGUCGGGGCCCCAGCCGCCUGACACCAAAGAAAGGAAGAACAGGUUGCGGCAGCUGAUGAAGGCUGGCGUGCUGCCCGAAGACGACCACAUUCUCAGGCCUCUGGGCAAGAACAGGUCUGGCAAAGGAGGAAACGGGACGAGAAACAGAAACAAGACCAAGGGCAAACAGAGGGGGAGGGGCAGGAAUAGGCCCAGCCGCAGGAAACUUUCUAGGAAGGGCGGCGCAAGCCACGGGAGGCAGAACAGCACCAUUUCUGACCGAACGACCACUCUAGUCACUGACGCUCCAUCAGAUUUGGAGGUUACCAACACGACGAGAAAGACUCUCCAUCCGAUGCACGACAAAGAGUUCUUAGAAUACGCGCGACAAGUGGCGUCGAGGUACCAGACGCCGCUAACGGAUGACGUCAUCAGAGAAAAGGUGAUGCAGGGCUGGAAAGGGACGCCCGCCCCAGAGAAGGAGAAGCCGACUUACGGUGGAAAGAACUUGGGCCAGUACGACCCAGAAGCGGUCAUCUCUAGGUACAAAUACGUCCUGACCGACGAGGCCAUCCGGGAGAAAAUCAUGCAAGGCCCGAGAGGACCUUCCUCUGCAACACGUGAGCGUCAAAGGCCUCCACUGCCACCGCCGCGAAACAUAACUGUACCGCCGUACCGCGAACCGUUCUCUUUCGCGACGGGUGAGUGGUCGGGUUGGAAGAACUCGAGCCACGAACGGCCCCAGCAGCAGCAGCAGCGGGAGAGGACCGGCGCGGAACGAGUCAUGGCGGGGAGAAACGACACCAGAAUGGUCAACGUGUCCACGCGUGGAGGCGUCCAGUACGAGACAGGCGGGAGGUCAUCCCCGCUAGGUGCAGGAAUGCAGUUAAAGCACGACCGUUAUUCGACCAGGGACGAAAUAUGGCAGAAUUUCUUCGACAGGGCACUGAACAACACGCACGUGGACAGGGGGUGGGAGAAUGAGCAGGGGGUGCAGCCGAAGCAGGCGGUAACCGCUGGCGGGGGCGUCGGGGGUGGCGUGGACGACAACAACCUGCCGGUGGGGCCCGCGCCGCAGCCGACGCCGCGACGCCUGCCGCACUUCACGUACCACCGCGUGACGUCACAGCCGGCGCCGCGCUCCCGACACCGCGACGCCUACGUGGCCGUGUCGGUGGCGGCGCCGCCGGACGGACACCGCCAGCGCCACAAGGGGGCGGGAUCGCCGCUGCCGGGGGCGGAACAGGGCGCUGCCCCCGCCCCCGCCGCUGCCACCGCCGCGACGCCGACCGUCGCUGCAAGCCUGCCGGCCACCACUCCGGCGCCAAGUGAGUAA